UAUGUGAAAAGGAUUUAAUUCUUAGUACAUGUGCGGAGAUCCAUCGUGGACAUGACCAUGUGGACGGUCAUGUGUGAUGGUUAACCUCAUCUAAGGCUGACGAAUAUUUUACAUUUUAUAUCUCAAAUUAAUUCAUUUUUUUCUAACAAUUAUUGAAUUAAUUUGUUGAGAUGGGUAAACAAAAACGACAGCGAGAAAAGCUACAUAAGAAAAAUCCCACUGGACUACCGUCCGUUAAGGAUUUUGAUGAAAUCGAAGAUAUAAGGGAAGAAAGAAAGACAGCUUUACUGGAUAUUUACAAUGAAAUACAAUCGUGCAAUAUAAAAGAGCAAUUGUCUGCUUUGCAAACACUGGAGGCAAUGGCCUGUGAUCCUUCAAUGGCAGAAUACAUUGCUAAGGAUGGAAUUGUAAAAAUAAUUGGACCAUUACUGCUUCAUUAUAAUUCUGCAGUACGAGCAUCUACUGCAUCUACUUUGAGACAAAUUGCUGAAAGUUAUGAAACAAAAACAGUUAUCUGUUUAAUAAAGGACGAUAUUAUGACUCCACUGUCUGCAUUACUAAAACAAUAUUAUUCAAACUGGAUAUACAAAUGGGACCGUAAAGAUGCAACACCGACAGAUGAAGAGCAGACUUACAUUCAGGCUCUUCACUUGUUGCGCACGUUAUGUGAGAAUGAUGAGAAUGCAGUCAAAUGUGUUAAUGAGCAGAAUCUGGUACCAAUUUUAACAAAAUAUCUAGAUAUUAAUUCCUACGAGACAUAUAUUAUUUUAAUUACUAUGAAAUGCUUGCUGACUGUAGCAGAAGAUAACAUUGAUGCCGUUAUGGCAAUCAAAUCAAGAAUAGGAAUUUUACAAGAUAUAAUAACUGUAGAAGAUGCUAAUUCUAAGGAAUUUCAUAAAUUAAAUCUUUUAAAAAUCCUCUCAUUUGACAUGCUAAGCAAUAUAUGUAACUCGGAUGACGUAUGGAAGCCUACAUAUAUUAAUAGUUUUAUCAAAACACUUGAUGAAGUACUCAGCGUUGAUAAUAAACAACUGCUGUCUGACUUGGUGUCCAUUCUGCCACACGAAAGUAAUGCUGCAUCGACCAGUAAAAAGAAAAAGAUAGAAGAAAGUAAAUUGACGUUGAUUACGCAACAAUAUGCUUUAGAAACUUUAACAAAUCUUUCCUCUGACGACAACGAUGAGGACGAUGAAAACGCAGAUGUCGAUGAUUCCGAAGAAAUAGAUAUGAAUUCUGAUCCGAUGGAUGUCGACAAUGCAAGUGAAAAUGUAAGGUCAUUUCCCAUAGGGUUGGUGGAAGCUUUCAACAACUGCAAUGUAAUCGGUAAAAUCUGGGAGAAAUCCAUCCAGAUGGAUUCAGAUAGUGAGGAAAUACUGAAUCAAACUGCGGAAGGAAAGUUCGUGUUGGGGCUGUUCUACGGUAUUUGGUGUAGAGCCUAUUUGUGUUUGAAUAACUUAUUACCUAAUUUCAAUAUCGAUACUUUAGGAGGCAUCGAUUAUUUGUACAGCAAGUGGUUGGAAGUCGGGAAGGUUGUGGCCGAAUGUACCAAGCCGGAUAAACUGAAACUCCUGGACGCAGCUAUCUUCGUUAUGAGGGCCAUUAUCGAACGAUUAACUUGCAUACAGGCGAAUGUUUUUAUACGGUUCAACAAAGCCAAUUUGCAGCUGAUAUUAAACAAUGAAAUUCAGACGCGAAAUGCCGAUGAAAAUAUCCGCGUCAAUAUGAUGAGAAUUCUCGGUAUUUUGGCAUUGAAUCUGACGAGAACCGAGAAUCUGGAAGCUUACGAAAUUGCAAAGCAAAUUACCGAAAUUAUACUGGAUUCUUGUAUGGGGGAAACGCGAGUGUGGGUUCUCGCGGAAACCAUGGACGUGACGAUGGAUCUAUUCGCGGAGGAUGAGACCGAUAAGUUAGCAUACGAAGUUCAAUUGAUACAAAGACUACGACCUUUGGUACCAGUUUUCAAAGAUAAGGUACGACAGCAAAAAGACAAGCUGAAAGACAGAAUGGCCGUGGUAUCGACCGUGAAUACGAACAUAUGGAGAUUUCUAAAAUAUAAAGAGAAACAAAUUAGAAGAUUUAAAUAAAAAGGCGAGUGCUGUUUGCCGUUUGUGUUACGAUAUAAAGUUCCCGAAAUUUUAGGGAAAUCACGAAUUGAAAUUUCUUUAAAAUAAAUAAUUUAUGAAACAUUC